GAGACUUGAGGUUGUGCUUAGGCAAUGAUGAAACUAAGAUGGCGUCCAAUCCAGACAGGAUGAACGGGGGAUAGCGAACUUGGUCACACAUUAAUUUGAUGGGGACGUAAUUCUCACAGUCACUCGUUUACAAGAAAACGAGUCUUUGAAGUGGAUACGUUAAUCUUUACACUUCUACUCAAACAGAAGUGUAUCUAUGGGUGAAGCGAGCCUGAAAAAGGCCAACUUUACGUGAGCUAACUGGACCUAGCUUGCUAGCUAGAUAACAUUAGGUUGCUUGCUAACUACUAGUACUGUAGCUAACCAACGACAGCAACCAAGCUAACGUUAAACAACAACAGAGGAGGACAGUCUCAGGAAAAGGAAGUCUCUACUGGCUUGUCCGUGUUAUUCUGAUUAAAAUAAAAACAAUUUACAUCUGGUUUAGGACAGGUGUGAAAAGGAGCCAAUAAUUCCAGUGGAAAUUCCACGCCAAUUCGCAGUGGCCCAAUCGAGACCGGAGGUGCUGCCUAGGAUGGGCUGAAAAGUGGAGGCCGUAACGUUAGCUUCCGCAACCCUAAUCUUGACCCAGUGCUAAACAAUAGACCCCGUGAGCUUUCAAGACACCAAAACGGCCCGUCAAAUUAUUGGUGACAUCUAAGUCCAUAUUUUCCUAUUUGACCACGUUGAACGUGUCCGGAAGAGUUGCUGUCCAAGUACCAGUUAUCUUACAUGAUGGCAAUGGAGGGGGAAGACUUCGUGCCUCCUCCAGAGUGCCCAGUCUUCGAGCCAUCAUGGGAGGAGUUUCAGGAUCCCCUUGGCUACAUUGCCAAGAUCCGUCCAAUUGCGGAGAAGUCUGGCAUCUGCAAGAUUCGUCCUCCUGCUGACUGGCAGCCACCCUUUGCUGUGGAAGUGGAUAGCUUCCGCUUUACGCCCCGUAUACAGAGACUCAAUGAGCUGGAGGCAGAGACACGAGUCAAGCUGAACUACUUGGACCGGAUCGCUAAGUUUUGGGAAAUUCAAGGAUCCUCCCUGAAGAUUCCAAACAUUGAGAGGCGUAUUCUGGAUCUCUUCAGCCUCUCCAAGGUUGUAAUAGAGGAGGGCGGAUUUGACAUAGUGAGUAAGGAGCGGCGUUGGGCUCGCGUGGCCCAGAAGCUGGGCUACCCUCCAGGCAAAAACAUUGGCUCCCUCCUGCGCUCACACUAUGAAAGGAUCGUCUACCCCUUUGAGGUGUUCCACACCGGGGCCAGUCUGCCGCAGACUAAGCCAAAACUAUAUGACGGAGAUGAGGUGGAUCGAGAAUACAAGCCCCACUCCAUUCCUCUACGCCAGUCUGUCCAGCCCUCUAAGACGAGCAGCUACGGACGCCGAGCCAAUCGCCUCCAGCCAGAUGGUCCGGAAGAUUCUGCCCCCCACCCUCUCACCACUGGCUCUCAGCCUCAACACAUCUCUGCAUCGCCCGAUCCUACAGAGGAGGAUAUAGAGAAGAACCCCGAACUGAAGAAACUGCAAAUCUAUGGGGCGGGGCCUAAGAUGAUGGGGUUAGGACUGGUGCCCCGGAACAAGAGCAUCCAGAAGAAAGAAGAGCUACCUCAGACUGUGACUGUUUGUAACACAUCAGCUGCUGUCCAGGUCAAAGAUGAAGCUGGGGAAGUAAAAGAGAAAGAGGGUGAGGAGAAGAGCACAACCGCGCCAGCUCCUCCCUCUGACGGCACUGUCAAGGAUGAGAAGGAUGGAGAUGAUGGUGGGGAUGGACAUGAUGAAGAGGACCCUAACACUGAAGAGCCCUGCACCAAGAUGACCAUGAGGCUGAGACGCAACCUCAACAACCCGCAGUUUGUGGAUUCCUUUGUGUGUCGGAUGUGUGGCCGUGGAGAUGAAGACGAGAAACUCCUGCUGUGCGACGGUUGCGACGACAACUACCACACCUUCUGUCUGUUGCCCCCACUCGCUGAGGCCCCGAAGGGCAACUGGCGCUGUCCCAAAUGCGUGGCCGAGGAGUGCAAGAGGCCCGCGGAGGCCUUUGGUUUUGAACAGGCCACCAGAGAGUACACCUUGCAGAGUUUUGGGGAGAUGGCUGACACAUUCAAAGCAGACUACUUCAACAUGCCGGUCCAUAUGGUUCCAACAGAGCUGGUGGAGAGAGAGUUCUGGCGGUUGGUCAGUAGUAUCGAGGAGGAUGUAACGGUGGAGUACGGGGCAGACAUCCACUCUAAAGAAUUUGGCAGUGGGUUCCCCAUGAACAAUGGCAAGAAGAACCUCUCCAAGGAGGAAGCGGACUAUGCCCGUAGCGGCUGGAACCUGAAUGUAAUGCCGGUGCUGGAGCAGUCUCUGCUGUGCCACAUUAAUGCCGACAUCUCUGGCAUGAAGGUGCCCUGGCUGUACGUGGGCAUGGUCUUCUCAGCCUUCUGCUGGCACAUCGAGGACCACUGGAGCUACUCCAUCAACUACCUGCACUGGGGAGAGCCGAAGACAUGGUACGGAGUACCCGCUUUGGCAGCUGAGCUGUUAGAGGAGGUGAUGAAGAAGCUGACCCCAGAGCUGUUUGAGUUCCAGCCUGACCUCCUACACCAGCUGGUCACCAUUAUGAACCCCAACAUCCUCAUGGCCCACGGCGUUCCGGUUGUACGCACCAACCAGUGCGCUGGUGAGUUUGUCAUCACCUUCCCCAGGGCCUACCACAGCGGCUUCAAUCAGGGAUACAACUUUGCUGAAGCUGUCAACUUCUGCACUGCCGAUUGGCUGCCGGCGGGGCGCUCCUGUAUCGAACACUACCGUCGCCUCCGCCGGUACUGUGUCUUCUCCCACGAGGAGCUGACCUGCAAGAUGGCCGCCUGCCCCGAGAAGUUAGACCUCAACCUGGCCGCAGCCACCCACAGAGAGAUGUUCAUCAUCGUCCAGGAGGAGAGGAAGCUUCGGAAGGACCUGCUGGAGAGAGGCAUCACGGAGGCUGAGAGGGAGGCGUUUGAGUUGCUGCCUGAUGACGAGAGGCAGUGUGACAACUGCAAGACCACGUGUUUCCUGUCAGCCCUGGCCUGUUUAAACUGCCCUGAACGCCUCGUCUGUCUUUACCACACACAGGACCUCUGUAACUGUCCCACCGACAAACUCUACCUCAGGUACAGGUAUACUCUGGAUGAGUUGCUGGCCAUGUUACAUCGGCUCAAAGUGCGAGCUGAGUCCUUUGAUUCCUGGGCCAACAGAGUAAAGGAGGCGCUGGAGCAGGAGGAGGGGAACAAGAUAGCCAUCGAAGACCUGGAGGUGCUGAAGGAGGAGGCGGCUGAGAAGAAGUUCCCUGACAACGAGCUUCUCCAGAGACUUAAUACUGUCCUCAGUGACAUCAAGCACUGUCAUCAGACCAGCACUGAGCUCCUCAACAAGACCCAGACCAGGAGGAUGACUCUGGCUGAGCUCAAGACUCUGGUGGAAAAAAUGGAGAACCUCCCCUGUGUUAUGAGCCCACUGGAUGAUGUACAGGCGCUCCUGCGUACUGUAGAGGAGUUCCAGACUCAGGCCCAGGCCCUGGUGAGUGACCGUGACUGGAGGCGAGAUUCCCAUCCUCCGGAGCAGCUACAAGCCCUUUUGGAGCACGGGGCUGGCCUGCCUGUCGAUGCCCCCGAGUGUGAGCUCCUCAAGGGGCUGCAGGAGCAGGGCCGGUGGCUGGCAGAGGUGCGGCGCACUCUGGGGCCCGAGGGGGGCGAGAUGACUCUUGCAGUCCUCAGGAACCUGAUGGAGGCCGGAUGCAACGUGGCCCAGAGCGUCUCUGUGGAAACGGCUAUGGCGGAGCUCCAGGAGCUGCUGACGAUAGCCGAACGCUGGGAGGAGAAGGCCCAGAUCUGUCUGGAGCAACGACAGAAGCACCCUCUCUCUACCUUGGAGGCCAUAGUGAAUGAGGCCCAGCUCAUUCCUGUCAAGCUGCCCAACAUACUGUCUCUACAGGGUUGUCUGACCCGUGCCCGGGCCUGGGUCACUGACCUGGAAGAGAUCCAGAAUGGGGAGCAUUACCCAUGUCUAGAUGACCUGGAGGGUCUGGUGGCCAUCGGGAGGGACCUGCCAGUCAGGAUGGAGGAGCUCAGACAGCUGGAGCUGCAGGUGGCCAGUGCCCACUCCUGGAGAGACAAGGCCUCCAAGACCUUCCUGAAGAAGAGCAGCCAGCACAGCCUUCUGCAGGUGUUGUGUCCGUGCGUGGAGAAGCGUAAGGAGAGGGGGGAGGAGUCUGACUCGGUAGAUGACACCGACACCAACACUCUUGGCCUCUCCGCUCAGGACCUGAGGGACCCUGGAGCGAUUGUGAUGGCGUUUAAAGAGGGGGAGCACCUGGAGAAGGAGGCUCUGCUGAGGCUCCAGAAGGUCAACCUAUCUAAACCAGGCCUGGAGGAGGAGCGGGAGGACAAGGAGAACGGCGGUGGUGGUGGGUGGCGGGGGGACCCUAUGGAUCUAGAAACGCACUCUGAGAACUGUGAGAAGGAGAACGGGGACAGGCAACACACGACGACAGGCGGCAACUCCCCUCAGUCGGUGUGCGUGUGUGGCCGUGUGCCCCGCCCCCCCCUGCUGCGCUGCCACCUGUGUAAAGACUGGUUCCAUGGGGGUUGCGUCCCCUUUCCCUCGCUCCUGCCCUUGUCAGAGCCCCUCACCAACCCCCUCUGCUGGUGGGACUGGGACUCGCGCUUCCUGUGCCCGCGGUGCCAGCGAUCGCGGCGGCCGCGUCUGGAGACCAUCCUGGCCCUGCUGGUGGCGCUGCAGAGGCUGCCCGUACGUCUGCCGGAGGGAGAGGCCUUGCAGUGUCUCACUGAGAGGGCCAUCACCUGGCAGGGCCGCGCCAAGCAGGCGCUGGACACCCCAGAGGUACGGGGGGCUCUGGAGAGGCUGCAGGGACUCCGACAAGAGGAGCCUCAACUGGAGGAGGAGAGGGAGGAGGCAGAUGGGAAGAAAGGGAACUGCGAGUCGGUGAUUGUGCUCUCGGAUUCUGAGGGUGGAGGAGAGGAUGGGGUCAUAGACCUCACACAGGACAACUCGCCCAAGAAGGCGGUAAAGGAGGAGGUGGAAGGCAAGCCUGCAUCUGAGAACGGCGUCAACAGCAAAGCCAAGUCUCACCACAGUGUUACAGACGUGGGCUCUCUGCUGCCGCUGGUGUCGUCACUGAAAGGCCCGGUGAUAGAAUUGUCCCCGGCCACCCGGACCCAGCUGGAAGAGCUACAGUUGGAGGGAGACCUGCUGGAGGUCUCUCUGGACCAGACCGGUACCAUCCACAGGGUCCUGCAGGCCGCUUCAGAACCACCCAGAAGCACACUCAGAACACUCAUACUGAUUGAGCUUCAGGAGCAGAAGGUAGCUGGCCGUGGGGGUCGGGCCAAGGACUCCAAGAGGAAGAGGAAGAGCCAGAGGGGAGAGGGAGGGGUGGAGGGAGGUCCUCGAUCCCAGGAUGCCUCGGAGUCUAAGAAGACCCGGCCCAUCAACCACAUACCCAUCCAGACCCACCCCGAGCUCUUGUGAUAUAAUGGAAGUUACUCUGGAGGAAAGACUGAUCAAACGUUUGGACAGGUCAUUCUGGGCCGGAGGACUGCAUUAAAUGUGGAAGGAAAGAUGCAGGCCAUCCCCCUGUAUACAGCUCCCCUGUCUGCUCACACACUUUCACAUUCAAACACUAACACAGUUGUCCUCUGAGCUCCCGAUAUGUAGAUUCUACACUCCUCCGUUUCUAUGCCCCUGUACCAUACUGCCCCAUUCCCCUCCCCCACAGUCUUUUCUGCUCUUAUCUACCUCCCUCCCUCAAUCCUCCCUGCAAACGGAGUGUGUUGGGAGUGUGUUGGGAGUGUGUGAGCUGGCGUUGUUAUAGGAGAGUCUCUUGGUCUUAAUUAAGGAUCAAGUUCUCUUCAGUCAGUCAGUAUGCUUUGUGUUAUUAACUGUAUUAAAUGCUAGUUUGACACAAGCCUGUCUUUACAGACAGACAGGGCUGUCCGGUUAAGUUGAUCCACAUACCCACUUACUGAUGUAGAAAUAAAUGAUUUCAGGAUUUAUUUUUGGAGGAUUUUUGGACAUGAACCUAACAUCCAGCUGAAGUUCAGUACUGUGGAAGGUUGUGAAUGACAGUGGAUCCUAGGUGACAGUGGUCACUGUGGUAAAACCUGUAUCUUUUGUAUUGAAUCUUGUUUUCAGGCUGGGCUAUUGGAGGGUAUUAAGCAUUUUAAAUAAAACCUAUUUGGAUAUUCUGGGAAGUGUGAAAAACAGGCAUUCAUGUUUUUUGGUGCUACUUUCCCAAGAAAGGUAUCUGUACCUCUGUCAUUCUCAUCUCUCUGACUUUCUGUUACUACUGGCUCGCUCUUUUGUUUUGAUUCUAUGAUCGUCUCCUCAGACUUCUCCUUUUAGCCCUGUCCCGUUAAGUCCUCACCUCUCCCCCCUUUAAACUAAAGUAACACUUCACUUCAACUCACUUUAUCACAAUUACUUUGUCUCCUGGGUUCAAAUAAUUAUUAUAUUAUUAUUAUUAUUAUUAUUAUUAUUAUUGGUAUUGCAGACAAAGUCAUGAGUUCGUGUAUAAACUUUUCUUUUCAA